AAGAUGACGGUGUGCAGAGGUGCAGAGAUGACACCUGUGUGCUUUAUCUUGGUGCUGAUGAGCAACGCAGCCUCAGUCUCUGCGCAGUUCAGCGGAUACAACUGUGACGCCAACUUCCACAGCAGGUUCCCGGGAGAGGGGGACAUUGACGUAUACUGUGGGGUCCAAACCAUCACCUUGAAGAUCAACUUCUGUCCCGUGUUGUUUUCUGGCUACACUGACGCUGACCUGGCCCUCAAUGGUCACCACAACGAUGGUCAUUGUAGAGGCUUCAUCAACAACAACACACUGCCCACCACGCUUCUGUUCAGCAUAAGUCUGAGCACACUGGAGGCCUGCGGCAACAAUCUGGUGGUCUCCACAGCUUAUGGGGUGAAUGCAUAUGGCAACAUGUCACUGGUGCAAAUUGGGCAUGUCUCCGGGUUCAUUGACACACCUGACCCCCCAACUAUAAUCAGCUAUCUACCUGGUUUGAUGUAUAAAUUCAGCUGCAGCUACCCACUGGAGUAUCUGGUCAAUAACUCACAACUAGCAUCCUCUUCUGCAACUGUAGCUGUCAAGGACAGCAACGGCACUUUUGUGAGCACACUGAACAUGAUUCUGUACAAUGAUACUUCAUACAGUCACACUCUGUCUAUCCCUAUGAGCGGACUGGCAUUAAAAACCAGAGUCUUUGCUGCUGUCAAAGCUACAAACUUAGACCGACGGUGGAACGUUUUCAUGGACUACUGUUACACUACCCCCUCAGGGAAUCCAAAUGACGAGCUGCGCUACGACCUUUUCUUUGGGUGCUACAAAGACCCACAGACCACCGUUUUUGAGAAUGGGAAAAGUCAGGUGGGCCGCUUUUCCUUUGAGGUGUUCAGAUUUGUCAAGCACAGACACCAGAGAAUGUCCACAGUGUUUCUUCACUGCGUAACCAAGUUGUGCAGAGCAGACGACUGCAUCACACUUAUUCCAAUCUGUGGGAAGAGACGUAAACGAGAUGGAGAACACAUACAGAUUUAUCCAGUGCCCACUUCUGGAAAUACAGUCCUCACCGCAGGACCCAUCAUCACCAGAACAGAUGAAACUCCUGCCAACAACUCCCAAAUGGCCGAGGCUAACAACCUGCCCCUGAACCCUCUGACCAGUGCCCUCAUCUCAGGUGUGGUUGUUUUGGGCGGGGCCAGUCUGGGUUUCUUCCUGUUUUCGGUCCGCCUCCUGCAGAAACCCCGCCAUCCCCCAGGCACAUCCUCAGGUGUUCUAAACUCCAACUUUAAAUGA